AUGUACUUGGCACAACAGUCGUAUUCCAUGGACGGCUCUCGCGAGAACAACGCCCAAGUUUCACCAACCUUGUCCACGACGCCCCUCCUCAGUCCUCAUCCCGUCGAGGAUUCACGACAGACGGCCCCAAUCCUCAGAAUCUCCAACAAAGCAGCAGCAUUCAUAGACGCCGCACACCCCACCAGGAGGCGUCCAGCCCACAAGCACCAGACACUUUGCAAACUCGCAGGCUCCCGGGCCAGAUACGUCUAUGGCCGGCAAGAUAUCAGCACAAACAGACGCAAAAAGGCCAGGGCAUACGACACCCCUCGAGCCGUCGGACCAAUCCCCCGCCCCCCCAAGAGCAAGCAAGCAAAGGCCGACCGUUAUCAUGGCUCUGCACAAAAAAUAAAGGGGCAGCGUCGUACAGCCGUUCUCGCCAAGAUCACCCGCGGCCACGCACACAAGGCCAAGGCGUGGCGAUGA